AUGAGACACGAAGGUCUUACAAAGGCGCAGAGCUCCCUCCUUUCCCAGGCCCGUAUCGGGGAUAUAGGCCUCCGGGACUACCUGUUCAGGGUGAAAAGUCCCGGAGGUCCGGUACCCCCUAUUGCGAGUGCGGGAGAGGCAGGGAGACGGUGGAGCACUUGGUGGUUUGGUGCCCCGACCCGCCGUUACAAAGGCCGUGGGACGGCAGAGAGAUUCGGUCACAUCGGGACCUACAAACCCGUAUUACGGGGAAGUUUCGGCCCAAAACUCUCAAAACCAGCGUUGAUCGAAAGCUCUCGCGAAGCCCUAUCCAACCACGCCACGUGCACCGACACGCAACCUGCAGCGCGGCCGCAGUGGGCGUGGAAAGAAUGA